AUGUCGGUAGUGUUCGCGACAGGUUCUGGCACAGGCAGACCGGCGGUUGUCCUCUGCAAUGGCGAGUACUCCGGAGACGUUGGACAAACGGGAGGCGGAGCUGUGGCGGCCUUAAUAGAUGGUGGGGUGGACACGAUGGUCUGCUCGCUCUGCUCAAGCUUGUCGGCGACAGCGUGCUCCCUCGGCAACGGAGGAGCCAUGGCAAUCGCGAAAGCGUGCUGCGGCGGGAACCUGGAAAAGCUCUGUCUCGAAAAUUGCGGCAUCGGCAACCCCGGCGCAACCGCCCUGGCUCUCGCACUAGGAGAAGGAGCUACCGCUAAGGACAAGCAACUGCGCAAGCUUGUGCUCUCUGGCAACCGCAUUGGGGGGGUGGUGGCGUGUGCAAGAGCCCUGCGAAAUGUCCUUAUCCGCAGGCCAUUGGAGGUGCUCGAGCUCUCUCGCUGUAGCGUCACUGAUGGUGAUCUGUCGGUCAUAUCCAAGGGUCUCGUGGAUGCACGGUGCCGUCUCCGAGUCCUUCAGUUGUCCGGGAAUAUCGAUCUUCGGGACCGAGGGGUAAACGAUCUUGCGGAAGCUCUCAGGUCGAGAAGCGAGAUGUAUCACGGGGCGUGUCAAUCGUCUUUGCAGGUGGAUCUACACGGAUGCUCGGUCAACACAUGGGGCUGCCGGGCUCUCGCCGCGUCCGUCUUAGAUAUUAACAACGACGGGACACACCACGGAGUUGGUGCUACUGCGGUGGUGAGACUCGGUACGGUGAACCUGGGGUACAACUCCAUCAAGGAUGUCGGAGUGGAAGCGAUGUCCUGCGCGUCUCUCGGCCAGGAGUACGAAGACCACAAGAAGCGACAGAGCAAUGCUCGGCGCCAGAAGCACCGCCAAUCGAAAAGUCCGGGGGUUCUCGACGCCGCACGUGUCCACAAAGCACACGAAUUUGGGUCUGGAAAUUUGGAGCUCCGCUGUGAACCAACAGGAGACUUGCCUCCUUUGACGGGGACGCCGUUGUAUGUUGCAGCCACUGCUGCUUGGCCGGAUACACGGCAUGAUGAUCCCCAGGCCAAAGGCGCACCCCCCUCGACCCCUUGUUCGGUGGUGUUGGAUGGAAACAGAGUGUCGGACAGGGUUGCAGCUGGGCAAGGUGGUCUUGCGGGGCUGGGCGAAGCAGCGUUGUUUCGGGGGUGCGUUCUGCCGGAGACGAUUGUCAGUAACACAGGUUGGACUAGGGGUUCGUUCUGGACUAAGACUAGGGGGAAGCGUACCUUAGGGUCAUCGCAGGGAUGUCAAACAUCGAACUAUAUGGAGGGGAAGGUGUGA